AUGCUUUCACAAACUGGGCAAGUUCAGGCAUCAAGCUGCGAGACUCAGCCAGCACAAGACAUACCGAGUGCCGGACAUGCAGGGCUCAGCGCUCGAGGUGGAGCUUACCCUCGAGUUGUGCAGUGUUUUUCUCCAGGCCUGUCGCAGGGUCCCCCUUCCUUCCAGCCGAGACCGAUGUGGAGACCAUCACUGCCCUCGGUGCCUUCCUUCGUGGCCGCGCCAGCGGUAGUGCCAGCACCAGUGGUGGCUCCGCCGCUGGUAAAGCAGACGCCAUACAAGACAGUCCUUGCACCGGCAAGCCCGAUGCCUCGACGCGAGGUGAGUGUGGCCACUUGGAGACCUAUGCAGGCCUGUUCAAUCACUGCCAGUGUCUCCCCUCACGGAAGAGGAGUCGUCAACCACCGGACGAGCUUCAGUCUCUGCGGAUCGACACGCGGCCUGCCGCCAGAUGUCGCUCGCUGGGUUGCCGUAGAUGGCCUCGCAACUCCGCUCUAG